AUGGAAGGACAAGUCGACGGCAAUGUCGAGGGUCGAGAACGUCAUGUCCAGGUCACCGAGUCUCAAGAGGGCUAUGGGUCUGGCCCUGAUGUCGCCAACUCGAGUAAUGCGAUCGAAGUGCUGUGCGGUCCGCUCCUCAACUAUCAGCGCAUGAGCGAGGAAGGUCCCUCGGCUGUAACCUGGCACGGCUCCGUCCUACUCGUGACGAAACCGAACUCCAAGAUUCCCACCCUCGAGCUGAAGUUGGCCGGCCCUUGGGACCCUAGCGCCCGGGUCCGGAGUUUGCAGUCGCAGCUCGUGCAAGGGCUGAAGCUCUACUCGGAUCCGGACAAGACGUUUUGGCGGUUCACGCUCCGAGUUCCUUUGGUCGAGGCAGAGGCCAAAUGGGAGUACUCAAUACCAGACAUGCACUUUCUCUCCGAAGUCAGCAAGGAGCCUUCGCGGCAGUUUGUUGUCCCCUCGGCGACCGAGUCGAUGCGCAUCAUGUUCCACUCUUGCAACGGAUUCUCUGUCGGCACAGACGAAGAUUUCUGGUCAGGUCCCGUGCUCUGGAACGACGUUCUGCGAACCCAUCAGCAACGGCCGUUCCAUGUCAUGAUCGGCGGAGGUGACCAGAUCUACAACGAUUCGAUCCGAGUCAAGGGCCCGCUGAAGGAAUGGACGGCCAUUGCCAAUCCCAAAAAGAGGAAGGAAUAUCCGUUCGGGGAAGACAUGCGCAACCGAUGCGACCAGUAUUACUUUGAUAACUAUGCCCGGUGGUACUCGACCGAACCGUUUGCCUCCGCGAAUUCCCAGAUCCCGCAGAUCAAUAUCUGGGACGAUCACGACAUCAUCGACGGAUUUGGCUCAUAUACGGACCACUUUAUGCGAUGCGCCGUCUUCCGUGGCCUGGGUGGCGUGAGCUUCAAGUACUACUGCUUGUUUCAACAUCAUACAGCCCCUCCCGUAUCGACCUUCACCACGGACGCGCCCAAGACGAUGAGUGCCGAUGCCAAUGGUACCGCGGGCGCCGACCCCCGCCAGUUGAAAAACACGUAUGUGUACAAGACACCGGCGGAUGACCCCAGCUGGAUCGUCGGGAAACGCCCUGGUCCGUACGUCGAAGAAAAGUCAAGAAACCUGUACAUGCGUCUUGGUCGCCGUAUCGCGUUCUGUGGCAUCGACGCGAGAACCGAGCGGACCCGGAAACAGGUCAACUACCCAGACACGUACGACUUGAUCUUCGGAAGACUGGAGAAGGAAUUUACGGCUGCGCGAGGCGAAAUCAAGCAUUUGAUUCUCCUGCUCGGCGUGCCUAUCGCGUACCCUCGCCUGGCCUGGCUGGAGAAUAUCCUGUCCUCCCCACUGAUCGGCCCUAUUCGCUUGCUCAACAAGAGGUUCGGGCUCGCCGGAGGCUUCUUCAACUCGUUCGACGGCUCAGUCGAUCUGCUAGACGAUCUGGACGACCAUUACACCGCACGCCACCACAAGACCGAGCGCCGCGAACUGAUCCUCCGAUUACAGAAGCUGGCAGCCGACUUUUCCGUCCGCAUCACCAUCUUGGGCGGCGACGUGCAUCUUGCAGCCCUCGGUCGAUUCUUCUCCGCCCCAUCGACUCACAUGGAUCCCAUGCACGACCCACGGUACAUGGCCAACAUCAUCUCGAGUGCCAUCACCAACAAACCGCCUCCGAAAGCGGUCGCGAACCUACUGGCGCGAAGAAACAAGGUCCACCACUUGAGGGACGGCAAUACUGACGAGACGAUGCUCAAGAUGUUCAACAAACAGCCCGGUGGAAUGGUGAAGGGCGCCGACUGGAAUCAAUGCACCAUGCCCAGCCGCAACUACGCAUGCAUCACCGAGAUCCCGGACGAUGGCACGACCGAAUCGACGCAACCGAUGAACGGCCAAGUGCGCGGCGACGUACAGUCAGUGUCGGAUGUGGCCAAUUCGACGGGCAAGACCGGCAAAGCACGUCCUCAUCAAGGCAAAGACGCGCCAGAUGGACGUGGGCCUCUGCACGUCGGCGAGGAAGGCGCGGGCACAGAACACCCCGCCGCGGAUGGUAUCAGCGUUGUGGCCGCGGCGCCUCCGUUAAAGGGCGGCUUGAACGUCUCUAUCAAGGUGGAGAUCGACAACCAAAAUCGAGAAGGCAGGACGGAGGGGUACGGCAUGAGCACUCACAAUCAGACCGAAAUCCCAUACUGGACCGCAGCCCCACGGGACGAACGAUCACGGACACGCUCACGCAGCCGCAGCAUCAGUGACGGGUGGUACGUCUGGUGGAUCUGCGGCGUAGUCCCGCCUUAUGAUGAUGGCAAUAUUCGCGACGGAGUCCACGUCCACGUCCGCGUCCGAGUCAAAUUCCGGGCGAGGUAG